UCCACGUUGGUGUCUCCACUGGUGCACCCUCUCUCCCUGUAUACUCAAAAUUAGGGUUUUUCUUCUUCCUCACUUCCAAGUCCUCCAGGAUCCAAAUCACCUUCUCAAAUCUCGAGCUCUCUUUCUCACAAUUUUAUAUAAUUUAUUAGCGCUUGCAGAUCUGUUCACCUCUUUCAACCUUUCUCUUUCCUUCCGUACAUAACGCACGCGUAUCUAUACACGCCAUUCGAUAUGUUUUGGAAGCUCACAGCCCUUUCCGCUUCUUCACCUGUCGAGUCCGUGUUGGACAAGGAAGGUUUUACAUUGGAAGAGCUUUUGGACGAGGAAGAGAUAAUCCAAGAAUGCAAAGCAUUGAACAGUCGCCUCAUAAACUUUUUACAAGACAGGGCUCAGAUUGAGCAGUUGCUUCAAUAUAUUGUUGAACAGCCCCCAGAGGAUGCAGAUAGCAAAAGAACUUUCAAGUUUCCCUUCAUUGCUUGCGAGAUAUUUACUUGUGAAAUCGAUGUCAUCUUAAAGACUUUGGUGGAGGAAGAGGAGCUUAUGAAUUUACUCUUCUCUUUUCUCGAACCUAAUCAUCACCACAGUUCGAUGUUGGCUGGAUAUUUUAGUAAGGUCUGCAUUGAAUGCUUUGUCAUAAUAUGCCUCAUGAUGCGGAAGACUAUUCCACUUAUGAAUUAUGUGAAGACCCACCAAGAUGUUUUCAAGCAGAUGGUUGACUUGAUUGGUAUCACAUCCAUCAUGGAGGUCUUAGUGCGACUUGUAGGUUUUGACGAUCAUUUCUACCACAAUUCUUUGGAUGUAAUGCAAUGGUUGGCUGAUAGCAAUUUAUUAGAAAUGAUCGUGGAUAAACUUAAUACCUCUAAUCCUCCUGAAGUACAUGCCAAUUCCGCAGAAGCAUUAUGUGCAAUAACCAGAAACGCUCCAUCAGCUCUGGCCACUAGACUAUCCAGCCCAAGUUUUGUUGCAAGGAUAUUUGAUCAUGCACUUGAAGACUCGCAGUCAAAAUCUGCCCUUGUACAUUCGUUGACUGUCUGUAUUUCAUUAUUGGAUCCAAAAAGAUCUAUUCCUUCUACUCUAAUUUAUUCUUUCAGAAAUCAAAACAUGUAUGAAUCACCAAUACAUGUUAAUCCUGAUACUAUCGGUGCAAUGCUUCCCAAACUUGAGCACUUGCUGUUGCUGCUGACCGUGUCUUUUGAUGAGAUGAUUCUACCUACAACAUAUGGUGAAUUAAAGCCGCCUCUUGGGAAACACCGUUUAAAGAUUGUGGAAUUCCUUGCGGUGUUGCUGAAAACUGGUAAUGAGGUGGCUGAGAAGGAAUUGGUCAGCUCGGGGACAAUUCAGAGAGUCCUUCAUCUCUUUUUUGAGUAUCCAUACAAUAACGCGCUGCACCAUCAUGUUGAAAGUAUUAUUUACUCAUGCUUGGAAAGCAAAAAUAAUGCCAUCGUUGAUCAUAUUCUCCAAGAAUGUAAUUUGAUUGGGAAAAUUCUUCAAACAGAAAAAAAUCCAACACUUUCUGGUGAACUUAAUGAGCCAACUUUGCCUGCUACUGGAAGACAGGCACCUCGAGCAGGAUACUUUGGACACAUAACGCGGAUAUCAAACAAACUUGUUCAGUUGGCAAACAACGAUAAUUGCAUUCAAAAACAUCUUCAGGAAAAUAACGAAUGGAAUGAGUGGCAGACUACCGUCUUACAGGAGCGUAACAUGGUUGAGAACGUCUACAGAUGGGCUUGUGGCCGGCCUACUGCAUUGCAGGACAGGAACAGGGAUAGUGACGAGGAAGAUGUUCACGACAGGGAUUAUGAUGUUGCAGCUCUUGCAGAUAAUUUUAGUCAAGCAUUCAGAUAUACUAUAUAUGAGAAUGAUGAUGCAGAGGGUCAUGAAUCUCUUGAUCGAGACGAAGAGGACACUUACUUUGAUGAUGAAUCUGCGGAAGUCGUGAUUUCGUCCCUAAGGUUGGGUGAUGAUCAGGGGAGCAGUUUGUUCACAAAUUCCAACUGGUUUGCUUUCCAAGAUGAUGGAGGUGAUGCUCCAAUGAGCACCUCACCGUCCAAUAUGACUGAUGAGAUCAACUUGAAUGGAACGUCAAAUAGUGGUAACAGUAGCAGUGAUGAUGAGGUAGUUGUUGGAGAAGAUGAGGAACUGUGUGAUAUCGAGACUUCUGCUAAUGGCUCGUCCAGUUCCGAUGCCAAUGUAUUAACUGCACUGGAAGGAAUCAACUCUAUAAAUGGAGGAAACACGAGUUCCCAGGAUGAGAAGGUUGGUGCCUCUAAGGAUUUGAGUUCCUUCCAUUUUGAGACAUCCAACGAUGCAGACGUGCUUGGCGAGAACUCAUUUGAUGACAAAAGCAACACUGGCACCAAUCUUGCCAAUUCUCUGGAGCCAAUUGCUACCCCAGUUAGUUCAACUUCAAGUGGAAGUUCUGCAGAUUCUUCCAGUGAUUCUUCAACUAAAUCUUGUUCUAGUCAUAAAGCUGUUGCUGUGCCCUCUUUGUUUGAAGAGGACGUUGAAUUUGUAGGUGUGGAAUUAGAGGGUACCGAGAAGGCAAUGGAGCAAGCCCUCAAGGAGGGGAUUGUUGGGGAAGCAGGGCCUUUGAAGAGGAAUAUUGUUCCAAAGAUGCCAGAAAAGGAGGAAUCAGAUGAUGGUGGAGCAGGGAUAAAGGAAUUCAACGACUCAAACUAUUGGAGAGUUGAUCAAGAGGUUACAGUAUUGGAGUAAGGAUGGGAUCAGUUCUUUAAAACCUUUGAACUUGGUGUUGACAUCCCAACAAGAGGAACCCAUUCUCAUUUGGCAGGUGGUAUGCACUAUUGGCAUGUUUGGUAAGUUUGAUUAGACAAUACUGGACAGUAUUGAGUAAGAUAAGAAGUUAAAAUCUUGUUUGUUGUACGUCCAGUUUUGUCGAGUAUUACGUACCAAACAUGCUAUAUAUGUACACAUAAUUUGUGCUCCAUUGGGAUCACAUCCAGGCUAUAUAUGGUUACCAAUCAAUAUUGUUAGACUAUUUCAUUGUUUUAGAGUGGCUUCAGUUUUUUUGUAAAAGAUUUUACGGGCUUUCCCAUCAACUCAUCAAAUUCUUUGUUUUCCCCUUGUCAAGUUACACAUUGAUUCAUCAAUGUGUAAUGUGGAAUAUAAACAUACAAAUGGGUUGAGUCAA